UCCUCAUAGCGUGGGAAAGACACAAGCUGCCGGCAUCCAGUCCGGGGAUUUAUGCUGCUAAUCUGAUUAGUGUAUGAUGGACGUGUCCAGUUGGAAGGAGAUGGAGGUGGCACUAGUCAGUUUUGACAACGCUGAUCAGAUCGUGGAGGAUCCCUGUUAUUCAAAUGACCUCAGCCCCGCCAGCCAGUCACGGAAGGGCCAUCCCAGCUGCGCCAACCUCCUCUCCAACUUGAGAAUUCUCAUCAACAGCGAAAACGCCAACAAUGAGACGAUUUUCUCCAGGUUCUCCGCUGAGUUUAGUGAGCAUCUGGUGGGGGAGAGGGUGGGCAUGGAUGAGGGGGACCAACGAGUCAUCAUCAACAUCGCUGGGCUGAGGUUUGAGACACGGCUCAAGACCCUCAACCAGUUCCCUGAGACCUUGCUUGGGGACCCAGAAAAGAGGAUGCGUUACUUCGACUCCAUGAGGAAUGAAUACUUCUUUGAUAGGAACAGGCCCAGUUUUGAUGGGAUCUUGUACUAUUACCAGUCCGGUGGGAAAAUACGGCGCCCAGCCAACGUCCCCAUCGACGUCUUUGCUGAUGAAAUCACCUUCUAUGAGCUGGGUGAUGAAGCCAUGGACCAGUUUAGAGAGGAUGAAGGGUUCAUCAAGGACCCUGAGACCCUCUUACCAACCAAUGAUUUUCAUCGGCAAUUCUGGCUGCUCUUCGAGUACCCUGAGAGCUCCAGUGCGGCCAGGGGUGUAGCUUUGGUCUCCGUCCUGGUCAUUGUCAUCUCUAUUAUCAUCUUCUGCAUGGAGACCCUGCCGGAGUUCAGGGAGGAGAGGGAGUUUAAGUCCACCCAGGAGCUUUCUAAGAAUCUGACAGACACCUUGCUAGCCCACAGCACCUUCACAGACCCUUUCUUUGUCAUAGAGACAGCUUGCAUCAUCUGGUUCUCCUUUGAGCUGUUCGUCCGGUUCAUCGUGUGCCCCAGCAAGACCGAGUUCUUCAGGAACAUCAUGAACAUUAUCGACAUUGUGUCCAUCAUCCCCUACUUUGUGACGCUCACCACGGAGCUGAUCCAGCAAAGCGAACUCAACGGGCAGCAGAACAUGUCCUUGGCCAUCCUGCGGAUCAUCCGGCUGGUCAGGGUCUUCCGUAUCUUCAAGCUCUCCCGGCACUCCAAGGGGUUGCAGAUCCUGGGGCAGACUCUCAAGGCCAGCAUGCGGGAGCUGGGCCUGCUCAUCUUCUUCCUCUUCAUUGGUGUCAUUCUCUUCUCCAGUGCUGUCUACUUUGCAGAAGUGGAUGAGCCACAGUCCCAUUUCUCCAGCAUCCCUGACGGCUUCUGGUGGGCCGUGGUCACGAUGACAACCGUUGGCUAUGGAGAUAUGUGUCCCACCACUUUGGGUGGGAAGAUCGUGGGGACCCUGUGCGCCAUUGCAGGAGUGUUGACCAUUGCGCUGCCUGUCCCUGUCAUUGUCUCGAACUUCAACUAUUUCUACCACAGGGAAACAGAGAACGAAGAGAAGCAAAUUCUGCCCGGGGAGGUGGAGCGAAUCCUCACCAGCGUGGUGACGGGGAACGGCAGCAUGGAGUCGCUCAAUAAGACCAAUGGGGGUUACCCUCGAGACAAGGCGAAAAAAUGAUGGUCGAGGCCACGAUGGGACUGGGCACUGUCAGGUGGGAUUGGCUGGGUAAGGUACAAAACAUCUGCACGCUAUGAUUUUUUUUUUUUUAAACCAAAAUAUGCUGCUGCUUUUUUUUUUUUUUAGAAAUUUUUUAAAUUUUUUUUUUUUAAACCAAAUAUGCUGCUGCUUUUUUUUUUUUCUAGACAUUUUUUCAAUCUAUGAUUUCCUGUGGCUGUUAAAAUAAAUACCAUCUUUCUUAUCUCU